ACCCUGAACUCUAUGACGUUGGAGGGUCAUAGGUCACGUGCCCAUGCUGUUCAACAGAGGAACAUGUUUAACGUGAGAAUUACUCGAUUUAUUGAGAUAUUAAUCUGAUCUCAAAAAAGAAGAUAUUAAUACAGGUGUAAACGAUCAUGUCGGACCUCAAGAUUAAUAAGAAGUUCGCAGAAAAAUAUGAGAAAUAUCGUCAGAAAGAAGAACUGCAGAGACUGAAGGACCGUUACGGAGACCAAGAUGAGGAGAAUUCAUCUGGCUCGUCCGACUCGGACUCUGAUGAGAGUGAAGUGGAGCUGGACCCAAAGUUGGACAGGGAUUUUUACAGAACGCUCUCACUUCUGAAGAAGAAAGAUCCAAAAAUCUAUCAGAAAGAUGCAAAGUUCUACACCGAGGAUACAUCUGGAUUAGGCAGCGAUGAGCAACCGUCCACUUCGAAAAAGUCAGAGAAACCCAUGUUCUUGAAGGACUAUGAGAGGAAGAUCAUCCUGGAGAGAGGAGGAAAAUAUGAUGAUGAUGAGGAUGACAGUGCUGAUGAAGAAGUCUCCAAACAGAUGCAGGAGAGAGCUGCAUCUCCCACCUAUAUCCAAGAACAGAAGGAUCUGCAGGAAAGUUUGCGAAAGUUUGUGCAAGACAGUGAUGAAGAGGACAGCGAUGGUGACGGACAGCUGCUGACGCGGAGAACCAAAACACAAGAUGAGAAGGACAAAGAGGACGCCGACUAUGUGGAAUGGCUGAAGGGUCAGGCAGAGCUGGAGGGGCCGGAGGAAGUUAAGGACAUGAAAUACCUGCGAGAUUACUGGAACGACCCCCAGCUGGAUGAGAAAGAGUCUUUCCUGCGAGACUACAUGCUCAACAAGAGAUACCUGGAGGAGGAUGAAGAAGAAGAAGAGAGGAUCCCCACCUACAAUGAGCUGACGCAGGAUGAUAUGGAUGACUCGGAGGAUGAAGGAGAAUCUUUCCUGCAUAAACAGGAGGACUUUGAGAGGCAAUACAACUUCCGCUUUGAGGAGCCUGAUGCUGGAAAGGUCAAAACAUAUCCACGCAACAUUGCCACAUCUGUCCGAAGCAAAGAUGACACAAGAAAGAGGAAGAGGGAGGAGGUUAAAGAGAGGAAGAAAAAGGAGAAGGAACAGAAGCAGCAACAGCUGAAGGAACUGAAGAACCUGAAGCGAGCAGAGAUCAUGGACAAACUGAAGCAUCUGCAGGAACUGACAGGAAAUGAGCAGCUGGCCUUCAAUGACGUUGACCUGCAGGGAGACUUUGACCCCCAGCAACAUGACCAACUUAUGCAGAAGUUCUUUGGGGAUGAAUACUAUGGAGAGGAAGAGGAAGAGAAGCCACAUUUUGAUGCCGAUGAUGAUUUAGAAGAAAAUUGGAACUGGGAUACAUGGGUGGGAAAAGAGGAGAAUGAAGAAGAGGAACAGAACACUAUGGAGGAAGAUAAUCAGCCCAACUGUGAAGAUCCUGACUUUAUAAUGGAUGCUGACUAUGACCCAAGUCAACAGCCCGUUUCUAAAAAGAAGAGAAAGAAAGUGAGAGAGGAGAAGAAAAAGAAGACCAAAGAGGACGCCCCUCUCAUGGGAAAGAAGAGGAAGAAGUCCCUCUUUUCUGAGAUCAUCAACAAAAACAAGCCCGUCUUUGAUCCAAAGGAGAAGACCUUUGAGCAGUAUUUGGACGAGUACUAUAAACUGGACUUUGAGGACAUCAUUGAUGACUUGCCAUGCAGAUUUCGCUACAGAGAAGUUGUACCGAAUGACUUCGGCCUGUCCACUGAUGAGGUCCUGAAAGCAGAUGAAAAGGAGUUGAACCGCUGGUGCUCACUGAGAAAGACCUGCAUGUACAGGUCAGAGAGGGAUGAACAUUGUGACGUGAAGAACUUCCAGAUCAAAGGACAGAAUAUCAAGAAGAAACAGCAAGUGUUUGUGUCUCUGUAUAAUGAGAACGCUGGUGAGGAGGAGCUGAUGGAGUCUAAGGGGAAGGUGGGUAAGAAGACGAGGGAUCGUCCAAAGCAGGCCGAGGUCACGAUGGAGAAGAGAGAUCUGACAGACGAGACAUCUGAAAGCCUUCCAGAGCAAGCAGACAUCAAGGACCUCAAAGAAGUCACUGCAAAGGAUGAAGGGGAGGAUGAUGAGGAGUUCCUGGUUCCUAAGAAAAAGAUGAAGCCGGAAGAGACUGCAGUAACCCCGAAAGAGGAGGUGCCCAGUAAAAGGACUGGGAAACCUAAAUGGCCUAAUAAGAAAACAAGGCGGCCAGGUGGACGCCUGCUUUCCAGAUCCAUGACGGUGACGAUGGCUGGCCGAGAGUUCAGCAGACAGAGACUCCAAGCCUACGGGCUGAAUCCAAAGAGACUCUACUUUAGAGAGCUGUACAGACAGAAACGGAAAGAACGAGAAAAAAAGGAAAAGCAGCUGAAAAAGAGCAAACCAUGAGGCUGACAAUAAAUGGCAUUUUAAGUUGUUCAUGAAAAAAAAUGUGUAAAUGAGUGGGACCAGAAACUGUCUUUCUAAUUUCAACACUGCUUUAAUCUGGAACGUUUUCAGUUCAACAUUGUUACCUGAAUGUUUUAUCUAUAUUAUUAAAAAUGUAUAAAAGGGAGUUGUUGUGGAAAUAAAGACAGUUCUUUUCA